CAGUCAUGCACGCGGCCAUUCACAGUUUAAGGUCCCUCCGGUGACUCUGAAUGACUGGCUGCUCCGCGUCUCUUUGAGUCGAAGCUCUGGAUUGUAGCUGCGAGUUGAAGUCCGGGUUGAGUUUGUGGAAACGAUGCUGAGGAAGUUGCAAAGUAAUGAGCGAGGAUGCUGAAGCUGCCGGCAAGCCCGCUUUGUUCGGAGGAGCGCAAGGCUUUUGUGCCGCUGUCAUCCCGCAGCUCAUCCCCUGCUGCUUUGUCUUCACUUGGCCCUCUGAUACCGACCGUGACCGGCAUUGGGGUUUGUCAGUAUUGGACAGCGAGCAGCAGCAGCAGCAGCAGCAGCAGGUCAACACUAUGAGUCUGAAUGGGGGCGGAGCUGGUGGCAGUGCAUCUGGAGGGGCUCGAGAAAGAGGCGGAGCAGAACAUUACCGGGAACAACGGCGGCGCUCCAGCGACCGCUCACGUGACUCAUCCCAUGAGAGAGCAGAGAGCCAGCUGACACCGUGCAUCAGGAAUGUCACUUCUCCCACUCGGCAGCACGACCGUGAACGUGGCGAUGGAGGCUCAUCCUCCAGAUCCUCCAGUCCACGUCCUCCCAGGGUCUCUCUUCCCUACUCCCACGUUGGAGGGGCCCUGUACAGUGGACACAUACCUCGUUCCCUUGGUUCUUUGGGAACAGACCACCACUCCAAAUCAUUGGGCCAGGGACUGUGCGAUAUGAUAUAUGUGUAUGACCUCAGCUGUAAAGACGGCCAUCGCAGUGGAUUGAGACUGGGAGAGAGAGUUACGCUUAUAGUGGACAAUACAAGAUUUGUGGUGGAUCCUGCCAUCUUCACAGCUCAACCCAACACCAUGCUUGGCAGGAUGUUCGGUUCUGGGCGGGACCACAACUUCACUCGACCCAAUGAAAAAGGAGAGUUUGAGGUGGCCGAUGGUAUCAGCUCCACUGUUUUCAGAGCCAUUCUGGAUUACUACAAGUCGGGGAUAAUCCGCUGCCCUGACGGCGUUUCUAUUCCCGAGCUGCGGGAGGCAUGUGACUACCUCUGUAUCUCCUUCAACUACAGCACCAUCAAGUGCAGAGACCUCAGCGCCCUGAUGCACGAGCUGUCUAACGACGGAGCCCGGCAUCAGUUUGAGUGUUACCUGGAGGAGAUGGUGCUGCCGCUGAUGGUGGCCAGCGCUCAGAGCGGAGAGAGGGAGUGUCAUGUGGUGGUGCUGACCGAUGACGACGUGGUGGACUGGGAUGAAGAGUACCCUCCUCAGAUGGGAGAGGAGUACUCUCAGAUCAUCUACAGCACCAAACUGUACCGCUUCUUCAAGUACAUCGAGAACAGAGAUGUGGCCAAGUCGGUGCUGAAGGACAGAGGACUGAAGAAGAUCAGAUUGGGAAUAGAAGGCUACCCCACCUAUAAAGAGAAAGUGAAGCGUCGCCCUGGAGGUCGCCCAGAGGUCAUCUACAACUAUGUCCAGCGUCCCUUCAUCCGGAUGUCCUGGGAAAAGGAGGAAGGGAAGAGCCGCCACGUGGACUUCCAGUGCGUCAAGUCUAAGUCCAUCACUAACCUGGCGGCGGCCGCUGCAGACAUUCCCCAGGACCAGCUGGUGGUCAUGCAACCUUCAGGACCGCAGGUGGACGAGCUGGACAAUCUGCCACAGCCGACGCCCAGCGUCAGUGAAGCACAGCAGCUGACAUACGGGCAGGCAUCAGAGAACAGUGCAGGCCCGCAGCUCGCUCUGGGCUAUGAAGGCCCCAACCAGCAGCAGGCUCAGGACAGUCCGAGCCAGGCUGCACACAACCAGCAGCACAGCAGCAGCAGCAGCUACACUCAGGCCACUUACCACUAUGAGCCAGACCCAGACACACCGUCACCCUCAGCAUGAGACUGGCUGCACACUGUACCCCUCCUCCCACUGCUGGGUUCACACCAAGAGCAACAUGAGAUGAGCAAAUGUUCUCUGAGCAUUCACAAAACAUAGAAAUAAGAAAGAGUGACUACGUUAGUAAUGCUAAGAUGCUCAGCAAUCUGAUUGGCUUUAACCAGCCAAUAAGCACAUCAAGUUCAACCCUUCACAGCUGGAAUUGAAGCACUUCUAUCCUUGUGUUGCUUUCAGUGUGAAUGCAGAUUGCCCCACUGCCCCAACACCUCCUCCUCCUCCUCGGUGGCAAAACAUCACUUUGCCUUCUGUGGCACCACUGCUGCAGCCUUUGUCAGUCAACAUGGCGUCUGAGUGAACGCAAUCUGUUCAGCAGCGAGGACGGAUGAAGCACACCGGCACGUUGGCAUUCCUUAUCCAAACCCAUCCACUCUGUUUCUAUUUAUCUGACCAAAGGAGACUUCAGUUGCAUUCUGUAUGCAUGUAAAAAGACAGAGCUGUAUUUGAUUAUAAUGAAGCGUGUGUGUGUGUGUGUGUGUGUGUGUGU